UAACUAUAUAUAUAUAUUAGAGCAUUCUAGGCAGUUAAGCAGCAAUUCGGCAUCUGAUGGUUCAGUUUGCUUUUUAGCAUUCAACAGUGUUGAUCGUUUUGCGGGAGUUUCUGGAUUGUUACUUGAAUUGAUUGAAAAUGGCGCUCCGUAUUGUGUUCACGAUGCCUGUAUCGAAAGCUAUGGGCCAAACGUUGGUGCGCGCCAUGUCAUCACAAGCUGUUGCCUCCAAGAAUGUUGGCUUUAUCGGACUGGGCAACAUGGGCAGUAAUAUGGUGAGCAAUCUGAUCAAGAAGGGACACAAAUUGCACGUCUAUGAUAUUUCAAAAGAUGCUUGUGAUAGUAUGAAAGCCAAGGGCGCCAUUGUCUACGAAAAGACCUCAGAUUUGGCUAAAAAUUCAGACUUCCUCAUCACAAUGUUGCCCAACAAUGACAUUGUGCGAGAUACUUAUAACCAAUUAACUGCCGAUGGUAUCAACAAGAAUACCAUAUUCAUCGAUUCAUCUACCAUUGACCCGAAUGUAGCAAAAGAGGUGCAAAAGUUCAUUACCGGCAAGGGUGCCCGCUUCAUUGAUGCACCCGUAUCGGGUGGUGUUCCCGGUGCUGAGCAGGCCACACUGACUUUCAUGGUCGGCGGCACUGAAGAGGAAUACAAUAUUGUCAAGCCCAUUCUGGAGUGUAUGGGCAAACGUAUUACACAUUGCGGUGGCUAUGGCAUGGGCCAAGCGGCCAAAUUAUGCAACAAUAUGAUGUUGGCUAUUUCCAUGAUUGGCACUUCCGAAGCAAUGAACUUGGCCAUACGUCAAGGCUUGGAUCCCAAAGUAUUCGCUGAGAUCAUCAAUUCAUCAACUGGUCGCUGCUGGUCGUCAGACUCGUACAAUCCCGUGCCCGGCAUUACACCCACUGCGCCCAGCAAUAAAGGCUACGCUGGUGGUUUUUCCACCGAUUUGAUUACCAAAGACUUGGGUUUGGCAUCGGAUGUGGCUACCGCGACAAAUACACCAAUUCCAUUGGGUGCUCUAUCUCAUCAAAUUUAUCGCACAUUGAAGGCAAAGGGGCUGGGCGGCAAAGAUUUCUCAAUUGUCUAUGAAUUCAUGAAGAAUGAGGCGAACAAUUAGGAAUGAAAGGGACGAGAAAGCAGGCGAGCGCGAUAGUUAAGAGAGCAUGAACUUGUAAAGGGCAUGCUGGACUUUGCUUGCCGAAAAUAGAUAUGCGCGCAUAAGUGUUCAUAUAUGAAUGUUUUAGUUGUAGCGCUUCUACUUGAGUUGAAAAAAAGCUUUUAUUGUGACAUUUUCGCAUUUUACCAGAUGUGCAUUUAUUUUAAAACUUUAAUUGUAUUCCUAUUUGAAAAAAAUUAAGUGUUGAGCUUUUAUUAGUAAAAAUAAAUAAAUUAAAUAUUUACAAAAACAAUGCCUAUAUUUAGUGAGAAGUAAUUGACACCGAGGCGAAGGGGCUUAUAAGAUAU